UAUUUGGUUAUGAAACGAAGCAUAUAUACGCUUCUCGUAUAAAACUAUGUUGUAAGUAAUUCAAAGUAUAAAGAUAUGUGAUUCUUAAUAUGAAAUUAAUAUAACUUAUAUUAUCUUUAACAAGUGGUUUUCUCGUAUCAUUGAUUUAUAAAAGUUUAAUCUCAUGAACAAAUAAUAAUACCGUGACAGUUAAUCUUAGCUAGUAGGGUUUGAUUUUUUAUCAAACACAAUGUAAAUACUUAUAUUUUGAUUUAAUUAAGGAUGGAAAAGUUCGGCCAUAAUGAUCAAGAAUUCUUUAAAUCACUUGUUCCUAAAGCACGUCCGUCAAUAAGAAACACUAGUAUAAAUUCGGAAAAUUUAUUGCUAAAAAAAAAUAUGUACAAAUCCAGACAUCAUUAUUCAAACCUUUCUGAUGAUUCUGAUGACGAUACACAAUCUGGAGAUGAUGAUGAUAGCGAUGAUCAGAAUCAUGAUAAUAAUAGAUAUAGUGGUGAAUCAUUAAAUAACUCAUCACAAAAUGUAUUAGACUCCUUUAGGAGUGCAAACAAUUAUUCUUAUACUUCAAAAGUAUAUGAAAGAAAUUUUCAUAGUCCAAAUACAAGUCAUCCUUUAAAUACUACUAGUAAUUAUUCUCCAAAACCAAUACAUUAUCAGUCUAAGCAAAAAUCAGGCACCCAAUAUCCUAAUAUAUUUUUAUGUAGUGUGGCUUGCAUUGUGGUUCUCAGUAUUCUUUUCAUUAUCCAAGCAGUACCUUGUAAAAAUGUAGAUCAAGAAACAUUGAAGCCUAAAGUGGAAACAAAAGCAACACAAUUAAUUAAAGUAGAUAAAAUGCUAGAUAAAUCAAUGCAGAUUAUUCAAACAAAGUUUAAUAAUCAAAAGUCUAGUAUUUGGAAUGAUAUAUCAGCUGCUAUAUAUGAUGUAAUUUUGUAUCCUAAGAAACCUUCAAUUAUUACUUUGUUUGGAAAAGAAGUAAAUACUUUGAAUUGUUUGGCACAAUUACUUGGACAAUUAAGUGGUGCAAUCUUAGGUUGCAACAAUUACUUAAUACUGGCACCAAAAGAUUUUCCAAAUGAUGUUGGACAAGUUAUUUAUAAUUUAAAAGCAAAGAUUUUAGAAAAGCCAGCAGUAAUAAUACAAGAUUUAUUGAAUGUAAAUACAGAGGCAAUCAAAGCAUUUCAUAAUUUUUGUGAUAGAGAAAAUCCUUUAGUUGAGCAUGUUAUUUAUAUUAUAACAAUGGUUGUUGAUGAUUACACUCUAUCCCAAAAGGAAUUAGAAUUUGUUGAAAAAAAAUUAAUUAGGAGAUUAUCAGGCAAAAUAGAGAAAGAUAUAUUAGAUCCAUUGAUAACUAGACUGACUGAUGGAAUUAUUGUACCAAUAUUACCAGAAUCAAGUACAAGUUUCAAUUAUACCGAUUGCUCUUUUCCUGAAGAGCAAAUAAAUAAAUUGAAGGCUGUGAUUUCUUAAUAAAAGUACAAGUUAUGAUCAUGACAUAAGUGUAAUCAUACUAAGUUACUAAAUACAUGUGCACAACUUUUAUAAUAAUUGUAAUUGUUAUAAUAAGUAAUUACUUAUGUAUUCAGCAUUAAAUAAACAUUCUUAUGUAUUAAUAUUCAACUUUAUUUUGUUAUGUCAAAUGACAGUACAGAAAAUCAACAUUCUUUUAGAUAAAGAUUUCCAAUGAUGAUUUGCUGGUUUCUACAAAUUUUCAAAAAAUAUAACAACAAGAUCGAUGCCUCUGGCAUGAUUUUAAUUACGUUCAUAGAUGACGUGUUUAUAUAGCUAUAAAAUAAAAUAUAAUGAAUAAGUUCACUUCGUACGUGUCAUAUCUCAUUUUUAUUUUAACGUGUAAUUUGUCGGUCUACCGUCCACGUAGUUUUAUUCAUAGUCCUGUAUUGCCAAUUUACAAUGCGUUUAUUUUGUAACAUCUUACACAUAAAAUCACAUGCAAGAGAAUUUAAUAUUUUAAUAUUUUUAAAUCUAUUAUAAAUGUUGCAAUCAAAUAUUAAUGAAGUAGAUUUAUAUAAAAGUAUCGUGAUUACUUUAUAUCAAAAUUUUUACAACUUAUAUAAAAAUGUAUAUUUGAGGAAGCUUAGAACUGUAUGAAUUUGUUAGUAAUAAAACUUUAAGAUACCUUUAUUAUUUAUUUAAGAAUGGCGUGCAACAACAUAAAAAUGGCAAAAUCAUUUUCCAACAUGCUUAUAUCCUAUUUGGUAAGCAUUUUAUAAAUUGGCAACAAAUACUUGUAAGCCGACACCUUGCUAAAAGUAUCUUAUUAGCAAAGUGGUAACUUACGAGAUUUUUAUAAUACAGUCCUCCUCUGUCGUAAUAAUUCACGUCCGUAACUAAAAGUAGGUAAUAUAUAUAUAUUUAUAUUUAUAUUUAUAUAUAUAUAUCUUGCAUAAUGUAGCGUGGUACCGUCAAACCUAAAUAAUAAAUACAUUUUAUACAGUCACAGACCUUUUAUACAGAAUGUCCAAAAUUGAACGUGCUGUACAACUGUGAAGAAAAGACCGAAAUUAAACAAAAAAAAAAAAAAAAAA